GGGGAAGAAGGAGAGAAUUCAGAGAGAACCAUCGACGACGCGUCCGCUCGCCAUCCAUCGCGGGAAGAGAGAGAGAGAGAAGAGAGAGAGAGAAGAGAGAGAGAGACCCUCUUCCUCAUUCUGUGUACAGCUUCCCCCAAUAGCGUCUCUUCCUCCAUUCUCGGCUCUUUCCCGGAAAACGAAGGAAGAAAGGAAGAAAGGAAGAAAAUUUGCAGGGUCGAGAGCGAGAAAGUUGGCAUCUUUCUUUUCUUCUUCUCUUUCGACGGGCCAUGGUGUCGACGGCGUCGGGUGGCCCCUCGAACUCGUGCAACGCUAGCCCCAGGCACGCGGGGCCCACCGCCGCGCAGAGGCGGCGCGUGGCCGACCAGUUCGCGGACGCCGCCUCGUACUCCUCCGACGAGGAGGAGGACGGCGGCUGCGGCGUCGGCGUCGGCGUCGGCGGCGGGGGCGGCGGCGGCGGCGUCGGCGUCGGCGUCUCCCUGAUGGGCGGGCCCCACGUCCUCCACAACGGCAGUAUCAUCUACCACCACCACGGCCACCACCACUACCACCACCCGGCCGUGCGGUACCUGCUCCUCCGCCGGAAGGUGCUCCCCGACGCCUGGGCGCUCAGGAUCGAGGACGCCGCCGCGUGGGCGGCGCACGGGGUGCGGGCGCGGCGGCACGUCGGGCGCAAGGUGUUCGCGGGGCUGAUCCUGCUCGUCGUGCUCUCGGUGUUCCUCAAGGCGUCGCUCUUCGGCGGCUACGUCGCCGACGGCGGAGGCGGAGGCGGAGGAGCGAGGGGAGGAGGGAGGAGGGCCGACAACGGGCUGUUGCGGUUGCAGACUUUCAAGGACGACUGGUCAUACGCCCAGCGCGCCGUCGCCGCCGAGAACGGUGGCGGUGUCGGUGGCGGUGGCGGUGACGGUGAAUCUAUGCCGAAGCGCGUUUUGGAGAAAUUGUCAACUCCAGAAAUUUGGAUGAAGCCAAACAGCGAUAACUACUACAAGUGCGUCACUCGGCCGAAGAAUCGAAUAAGAACGGAUGCGAAAACCAAUGGUUAUCUGUUAGUUCAUGCUAAUGGGGGUUUGAAUCAGAUGAGGACAGGAAUCUGCGAUAUGGUGGCGGUCGCAAAGAUCAUGAAUGCCACUCUGGUUCUUCCUUCUCUCGAUCACGAAUCAUUUUGGACCGAUCCUAGUGACUUCAAAGAUAUAUUCGAUUGGAAGCAUUUCAUAGAGGUUCUGAAAGACGACAUUGAGAUUGUUGAGUCCCUACCGCCCAAAUAUGCUCUGAAGCAACCCCUGGUGAGGGCCCCUAUUUCAUGGUCAAAGGCCAGUUACUAUAGAGGAGAGAUACUCUCGCUGUUAAAGCGGCACAAGGUGGUACAGUUCACCCAUACUGAUUCACGCCUUGCUAAUAACGGCCUCGCUUCUUCCAUUCAGAGACUCAGAUGUCGAGCCAAUUACGAAGCUCUUAGAUAUGGAAAAGAGAUUGAGGAGCUUGGGAAGACGUUAGUUGACAGGUUGAGGAAGAAUAGCGAGCCAUACAUUGCUCUACAUCUGAGAUAUGAGAAAGACAUGCUGGCUUUCACCGGCUGCAGCCACAACCUCACAGCAUCAGAGGCGGAGGAGCUUCGGAUUAUGAGGUAUAAUGUCAAGCAUUGGAAGGAGAAGGAAAUAGAUGGUGUGGCGCGCCGUCUGCAAGGAGGGUGCCCUAUGUCUCCUCGUGAGGCCGCUCUUUUCCUUAAGGCAAUGGGAUAUCCUUCCACUACAACCAUCUAUAUUGUUGCGGGUGAGAUCUAUGGAAGCAACAGCAUGGACGACUUCAGGUCAGAGUACCCAAAUGUCUUCUCUCACUCCACAUUGGCAACUGAGGAAGAGCUUGAACCUUUCAAGUUAUAUCAGAACCGCCUCGCCGCGUUGGACUAUAUUGUUGCCCUUGAAAGUGAUGUUUUUGUUUACACUUACGAUGGGAACAUGGCGAAGGCGGUGCAAGGACAUAGGCGGUUUGAAGGUUUUCGGAAGACAAUUAACCCUGACAGACAAAAUUAUGUUAAACUGGUGGAUCAGUUGGAACGGGGAGAUAUUUCAUGGGAUGAUUUCUCUUUGGAGGUUAAGAGGUUGCAUUCAGACAGGGUUGGGGCGCCUUAUCUCAGACAAGCGGGGGAGUCACCGAGGAUUGAGGAGAACUUUUAUGCAAAUCCUCUUCCUGGGUGUAUGUGUAACAAGCUGCAGGAGCAGAUGAGGAGCCUGAACUACUAUGACAGACAGAAAAAGGUCAAGUUGCAGAGGGCCUAAUCAAGAGGAUUUAUACGCAAACAAGAGGGUGAUCUCCUAGGCCGUUCCUCAUGUGCUUAAAAAAAAAUAACCGAAGCUUUCAAGUCUGCCGAGUGAUACAAGGAAAUAUGAAUUCCGAUUCUGGGUCACCUGUAGAGGAUAGAUCAGUUUAGCUUAGAUUGCAAAUUACAGGUAUAUACACCGAUACAGAGGGAACCCCCUGUCACUGAAGAGUAGAAAAAACCACACAAAUUCGUUUAUUUGUUUGAUAAUUUUUGGACUACUUGAAAGUAAAUUUGAUGGAAUAGCCGAAUUCGGCUGCGUUCACACAUUGUAAGUUCCACUGGAUGUAUAAUAGCGAAUAUUUUGCACGUUUUAUUUCUAUUUUUCA